GUGUCAACUGUGCGCAUGCGCACUUUCAUGUUGAACGCUAAGAACUGUAGUCAACAUGUCCACCGCUUCAUCUCCUCAAAACAAUAAUGGAGAGCCUGGACUUCAGGGCUCCUGGGUAGAGCUGGAGCUGAAUGGAAACACAGAGGAGGCACAAAGCAGGCAGAGCAGCCAGCUAACUACAGCUGCUGCAGACCAAAUAAAUGCAAACACAGGCAUGAAUCAGUCUCACCAAACCUUGGAAGUGACUGAAAGUGAUGAAACCCUGAUUGGAGGACUUGAGCAUGUACCAUCAUCUUCCUCCAUCCACAAUGGAGAUAUGGAAAGGAUUCUUCUGGAUGCACAGCAUGAAUCCAGUCCAAGUAAUUCCUCCUGUGAUAGUCCUCACAGGCCCCCAAGUCCAGGACGGGAUGAAGGACUAAUAACAUUUGAUGUGGAGAUGUCCAGCCCCAGAGAUAGUCAGUCAGAUGAAGACAGUACAGAGAGGGACAGAGACGAUGACAUCUUGAUGAGCAAAGAAAGAGACCGCGUCGCAGACUGGUCUAGUAGACCUGAAAACAUUCCACCCAAGGAGUUCCACUUCAGGCACCCUCGCCGUUCCCUGAGUAUGCGAAAGAGUGGAGCCAUGAAGAAAGGGGGAGUCUUCUCUGCUGAAUUUCUCAAAGUUUUCAUCCCAUCCCUGCUCAUCUCACACAUCCUGUGCAUUGGCCUUGGGGUGUAUAUCGGGAAGAGAAUUGCCACAGCCUCCACCAGCUCCUACUGAACAGUCGAAGUGGUGCCUGGAUGUUCUCCUGCCUCCAAGCCUCUCAUCCACCCUCCUGUAGUCCAGCUCUCUGUCUGCUUCUGCCCACGUGUCCUGUCCAACCUGCUUUAACUGGUGUCACAUUGUAGAUGUAGUUACACACAUUUUAUGCUUGCACUCCCAUCAGAUUUUGACACGGAGCCAUGUUUUUGUAUAUGCAGUUACUGACUCGAAUCCACCUCAGACAUAGGCAACAGGAUCUGAUAUAUCAGGUGAAGGUUUCCUGUUGUGUCAUCAUGUGAAGGCAUCACAAAUUUGGCCUCUUCCCUUAGCUGCAGUUCUCCUGCGGAGUUUAGAAAAGCAAAACAUGUGAAUCAGUAAUCUAGACUAAAACUACAGCAUGAACUAAUGGGGAACUCCAUAAACUGGUGGACCAGAACAUUUAAAAUGCAUGAAACUGCUGUCAAAGCUGAAUAAUGUUGCACAUGAUGGAUGAGUUCAAGAUAGCAGCAAACUUUUGAAGGUUGGUGACCUCAGAGGGUUUCUGUUCAGAGCUAUUUGUUUAUUUCUUUGAGGAUCUAGAAGUUUAACCGAACUGUUAUCUAGCUACAAAAUUUGAUUAUUGGAGUGUUUUAUGGAACUUAGAGUGGAAGGUGUUAUUCCAGGCCAUAUGCCUUUUCAUGUAGUAUUUUCCUAUAUAUCCUGUUGUUAAACUUAUAACAGCAGUAUCAAAGUGCCAAAUUUUUAUCAUACACCACUGCACAUUGGUGAUUUAUCUUUGUUUUAUUGUUUGUGAGUUUAGGUUUUUUUUUUAAACUUGGAAAAACUAUUUAAGCUGUGAUCUGUUUCAGAAUAUCGACACCUAUAAUCAUUGUACUAUUUGUUAAAAUUAUUGCUGAUUCUAUGAAGCAUUGUUGCAGUAAUGUAGGUAUUUUUUUAGCUGAGAUGCUGAAGCUUCAGGGGCAGAAAUCGGCAUGAUGGGUCUUUUUGGUGCCUCCUAUGAAAGUAUUGUCUGACUUUAAUGUAGAUUUCACGGUACAGUACUUUCAUAUGUAAAAGGUAAAUGAUGUCAAGUGUCUGUGAAACAUCCAGAAAUAUAACAGAACGCUUUUCUCUAAAGGAAA